CAUUUUAAAAUCUUUAAAUGCACUCGUUUCUACUUUCCUCAUUUACACUUAUUAUCAGUGAUAGAUUUCUUUGUUUUAUAUUAAAUUCUAAACACACCUUCGAUUUUCUCAGUGCUUCAACUUCCUCCCCGCGGAAAAUAAAUAAUACAUAAUAUUAAUUAAAAACCUGUUACUUCAUCAAUUGAUUUGCCAGAGAGAAUCAAAAUAUUGCAAAUUCUUGUAUGAAUACAAUAGCGGCCGCUAGCGAUAGACGACUAUCGAAUAUAACAAAAUCUAACGUAAAUUUUAUUUGCCAAACAUAAAUAUACCGAAACGUCUUGUGGUUUGUGUUCGUAAUUAUAAUCACAAAGAAAAUUGCAUUAUUUGAGAGUAAAUUUAAUAAAUUUACACAUACGCUUUAACAUCCAUAUUAAUACGCUCUUGGUAAACAACACAAUUUGCUUAAUAAAAUAAAUUGAUAGAAAUAAAAUUGCUGUAGCUCAGAGAUAAUUUAUAGUUUGUUAAAUAAACAGAUGUUUAAAAGUGUUUUUCUGUGUUGAAGGGGCACUUUUAAACUUUUUUAUAGUUUAGUUGCAAUUUAGCAUUUCAUUAAAACACAGUGAAAAGGAAUUGUUUUAAAACAAGUAUUAAAAGUCCCCAUCAUGGUCGUAGUUAAAGAGGAAGAUUUCGGCACCAUAGUUGAUCCUAUGACUAAACAACCGGCUAAAGUACGUCGUAUAACCCUCUCAAAUGACCACCGAAUGUCGGUUCAACUUUUGACAUUGGGUGUGAAUAUAGCUAGUGUACGUUUGCCGGAUAGAAACGGUCAAGUCGAUGAAUUAUCUUUAAGUUUUGAUAAUGUCGAAGGUUAUAUAGCCACACAACCGGCAUACAUAGGUGCCACAAUGGGUCGUGUAGCAAAUCGUGUGGCCAAUGGUCGUUUUACUUUGAAUGGAAAAGAGAUUCAAGUUACCAAGAAUUUCAAAGAUAAAUAUCAAUUACAUGGUGGUUUUAUUGGUUUUGAUAGUGUCAUCUGGGAGGUGGUACAAACUCUAGCAGACGGUGUUGUUUUCAAGCAUAUUUCACCGGAUGGUCAUGAGGGUUAUCCGGGAGAGGUAACCUGUACCAUAACCUGUACUUUAAAUGACAACAACGAAUUUCGCAUGCAAAUUGAGGCCACCACCAAUCAGACGACUUGUGUUAAUGUUACCAAUCAUGCUUACUUUAAUUUGGCGGGUCAUAAUUCCGGUAAACUGGGUCUUAGUCAACACACUGUCAUGAUUAAUGCCGAUAAUAUAGUAGAUACCGAUUUAGACCAAAUACCCACCGGCAAAUUGUCACCGGUAGCUAAUACUGUGUAUGAUUUAAAAACUCCUGCUAAAAUGGCCGACCGUUUACCCCUGUUUAAGGAUAAACCUAUUAAUGGUUAUGACAACUGCUAUUGUGUGAAUUUGGAAGGUAAUAAAACAACGCGCAUAGCACGUGUAGAACAUCCGGAAAGUGGACGUUGGCUAGAGAUUUUAACCAAUCAGCCUGGAGUGCAAUUUUAUACUUCUAACAAUCUGCCGGAUGUGGAGAAUGGUGCCCCCGCUUUAGAGGGAAAAGGUGGUGCUCGUUAUGUUAAACAUGGAGCAUUUUGUUUGGAAACUCAAAAAUAUCCCGACUCCGUGAAUCAUACAAAUUUUCCUACAAUAUUUUUAAAUCCAGGCGAGAAAUAUUAUCAUGAUGUUGUUUAUAAAUUUGGUAAUUGAUAAUAUUACAAAAAAAUAACUAUAAAAAUAUUAAUAAAAACUUCAUUUUAAUAAAACAUU